UUGUUUUUUGAAAAAACUGUUUUUUUAAUGCUUUUCAUUGAGACUUUGGCUCACUGAUUAUUGGAACCAGGUUGGUAAAUUAAAUUAGCCUAGACUGGAAAUUUAGACUAGUAACAGGCUUUGAAACAACCAUUUAUCAUUAUAUUUAUUCGAAAAACAUUAGAAUUUUUUUAUAUUUUGCUGAAAAACUUUAGACUAUGAAAAUACAAAAAAACAGGGUUAACAUCAAUUUAGUUAAAAUGUUGCAGUGUUAAACCUGCCUUAUUCUGACAUAAUGUGGGGUAUUUUGCCUUUCAAAUGAUGGCAAGACAAAUUUACACAUGAUCUAUGCGGCUUUUUGUUCACUUAAGUAAACCUGAACUACCUUUAGACUGCUUACUAAGAGGAUAAAGAUAAUAAAGAUAUUAUUAUUUAUGACAGAACACACACUGGCUCACACCUCAAUGCUCCUCUUAUUUUCCAAUCAGCUUCUGUGGCCCCACUUUGGCUGACACAUGAUGAUCCACUGGGACUACAGAUCUUCAAAACUAUACAAAGAACAUAUAGUAAUUAAUUAAAUGAAUCUACUUAUAUACAUGUUUCAAAUCAUUUUAAUCCAUGUUGCCCAGUUACAGUAUAUGGAUGUGAAAGAUCAAUGUAAUAUGAUUUUUUUCUUUUUCUUUUUUUUUUUUGAGAAAAAAAAUGAAACUGCAAAAUUCUUUCAAAAGGUUGGUAUAAAAUGCACUAAAAUAUGGCCGCAUACAAUUAGAUUUCAGCAACACCUGCAUUAAAUGCAGCAAAGAAAUUGAAACCUGAGAACAAUGAGUAUUUUCAGCUCAACUACUUAACAAUUCAAAAGAGCAUUUAAAUUACUGCUGGCCAAUCAGAUUAAAGCUACUAAGAUCUUUCCUUCACUGUCACGUUGUGAAGAAUGGAAGAUGUUUUGCAUGAAAGAUCUCUGAUAUAAUACCAGCUAAACUUGCCAAAGUCUUGAAAAUGUGCUGAUACGUACAGAGGACCUGUUUAUUUUCUCUACCUUCCACAUAGCACAUCACAGAUGGGGAAUCGCGUGUUUCAACUUCUGUCUCUCACAGAUGUCUUUCUCUUCGUCCUGUCUGUACCUUAUCAGUACAUCCUAGUCCAACAGGGGAAAACUUGGAGUGAUGCUCGGACUUACUGCCAAGCCAACUACAUUGACCUGGCCAUUGCUGAUGUCAGUGAUGAUAUGGUCAAGCUUCAAAGUCAGGCACAAAAGCAACAAUUCACUUCCAGUGCUUGGAUUGGUCUGUACAAUGAUGUUAAUAGCUGGCGCUGGUCACUGGGAAAUGUGUCACUAGGAAAUGUGACAGACUGGUGUAUUGGUGAGCCUACUAAUGCAAUGGAAGGAUGUGGUGGGAUAAAUACAAAGGGCUGGUUUGAUUAUUUUUGUACAGGAUCACUUCCCUUUGUGUGCUUUGAUGCUGUAUCCAGCAGUUACUUUGUUAUUUCUACUUCUAUGGCAUUCAAUAAUGCUCAGAGUUACUGCAGACAACAUUACACAGACCUGGCCAGUCCAACAACCAUAGAGGAAAAUACAAUUCUAAAACAAACAGUCACUACCAGUGUUUGGUUUGGUCUGUCCAGAGACACCUGGAAAUGGUCUGACCAGAGUACGUUCUCUACCUUUAGUUGGGUGACAGGAAAACCAAAUAGUGCAGGUAGUGCCAAUUGUGGUAAUUUUAUUAAUGGCCUUGUUGAUGCUGCACCAUGCACUGAUAUAAAGCCUUUCUUCUGUCUCAGAGAUUUUACAAAAAAACAAAUGAUAAGGAUUAAGAUUGCAUCGAAUCAAGAUGUGAAUGAUUCUGCAAUGAAGGCAGCAAUCUUACAGAAGAUCGAGCAAAAUCUUCAGGAACAUGGGAUAUCAAGUAAGGCCACAAUCAAAUGGAGAGAGCAACUAGAUGGCAUGGUCUUUCAUAAAAGAAAAUAAUGAUUAUCUCUAAAUCAGUUAAGUUAUGCAUUCAGUUCUGAAGAUUGAAAUAGAACAGACCUUAUACUUUAGUGCUUUUUAGAAAACUGUCUUGUAAGCUCUCCAUCUCUAAACCAUCCUUCUCACUUAGAAUGUUAAAUAAUCUGUUACGAAUCAGAGUAAAAGUCUUCAUGUAAACACCUCAAUAUAUUCAACUGAGAUCAAUCCUAAGGAAAGCUUAAACAGAUUAAAAGGGUUGGUGUAGAACUGAAGUAAACAGUAAAAAGGAAAAGGAAUCGGAUUAGAAAAUACCUGGAAUUUUAAAUUGUUAGGAGAUAGUUGGCUGUAAACUCUCCUCCUUUAGAAUCUUUCAGGAAAAGAAUUUAAACCCUACCUAUUUCAAAUUAUUUUCCUCCAAGAUUCUAAAUGUUGGUUUAUUAUUUAAAAAAAAAAACACAUAAAAUCUUUUGUGUGUGUUUCUUUUUUGUUUGUUUGUUUUUUGUCAUCUUAUGUUUUUGCUUUUAGUUGGUGAUUGUAAUUUAGGCUUAUAACAUCUACAAAAAUAAUAAUAAUAAAAUCUGUCUAAAAAUGUAUUCAAUAGUUAUAAAAUCGAUAUGUAAGUUCAUAUAGUACAUGGUUGUAAACAUUUGUAUCUAUCAAAAAUAUACACUUCUGCAUGUUAAUGCAAUAUUGAAUUAAUAAAUAUGUUUAUAUCCAUCUUUUUCUAUGUGCUUGCAUUAUAUACAGUCAUGUAUGACUAGGAUCUCUAUCCAGUACAGUAAACCUAUGACACAGAAAUUCAUCCUUUCCAGAUUAAAGCAAAUUUUGAAAAUGAAAACAUGAGAGAAUUUAUAUAUAAACAUACAAUUAAAAGCAACCUAAACUAAAGCUGAAAUUAAUCAAAAGUUAGUUGUGUUAGUGUAAUGUGUGCCAUACAUUGUAAUGCAUAUACGAAUCAUAAAUGGUGUUUUUGAAAGUAUUUAUUGCUGUGUGCUAUGGAAUGUAAUGGACUGUGUGGUAGUUAGAUGGUUUCACAUCACAGAAGGUGCCUGCAAGGUGUCUGCAUGUUUAGGUGCAUAUGUCAAUGAUUUUCUUUGCCAAAAUUUUUUUUUUAGGUUUAUGCCAGAUUGCUCAAUGGUUCUUUUUUACUUUGCUUAUCACAUGUCCAUCACAUUUCCUAUUUCAAUCCUGAGUGUCAACACACUUGGCCAAUAAAUCUGAUUCUGAUGUAUUUUUUUAAAGAAUUUGUUUUUAUCUGAUUUGCCUGAAGGAAUGUCUCUAAAACUGAAAUGAAAGACUUUCAGGGAACAGCAGGGAGCUUUUGAAUGUUAUAUGAAGAAAAUUUAAAAAUGAUCUUAACAGCUAAUAUCCACUAAUUUGAUGCUCAGAUAGAGACUAUAAUAAAGUAAACAUAUCAUAUUUUUUAAAUAAACUAGAAUAAUAUUUAGACAAGUUUAUAAAUCCUUGAUAAGAUUUGAUUCAAAUUUUUGGCUAUUAAUCCAUUUUACAAUACUUUCAGCAUCAAAGAAAGCAAAAGAGUUAAAUAGAUCAUUUCAGUACGGAUGGUCCAGUAUUAUUGCACUUUCUUCUCUCUGUGGGAUUGUUCUUUGGUGCCCUCUGGUGGUAAAAACUCAGAAUGACACAGAGCCGUUAUACUGAAGGGAAGUGUUUAGUAUUGUGUUAUUCACUCGAGCUGUGGAAACAGGAGGUAAUGCACUGGUAAUGUCAACCGAGAUGAACAACCAGACAUUGACUAUUAACUUUAAUCAGAUUAGUAACUUCAGUUAUAUUAUAUUAUAUUAUACUAUAACGAUGAAGAUUGGGCUUCAGUUCUUGUUUUUUUUUUUUUUUUUUUGGUUUUUUUUUGUAUAUAAAAUGUUUGCAUAAGCCAAACUGAAGAAUUUCCAUUAGAUAUACAAAAAAGAUUCAGCAACUCUUUUUCUUGAAUUUUUUUUUUUUCAAAUGGCAAAGCUCACAAAGCUGAAAGUUUAAAGAACAAAACAGUUAGAAGUUAUUUAGACUGACAUCUAUGUCAGUAAAAAGUGAUUUAUUGUUUAUCAAGCAUAACAAUAAAAGUUUAAAAAAAACAAGUUUUUCUUUUUGCUUUUAAGCAAACUGUUUCAGUAACUACAGUACUAGGCAGAAAUGCAUAUAAAACAACUGGGUUUCACAACAUGAAGGUAAUCAUUAGUUUUACAUUAGUUGGUGGUUUGCUUACAUGAGUGGCAAAAGUGGCAAAGAAAAUCUUGAGAUAACAUAAAAAAAGGGUCAAUGUAGGGCCACUUAGGCUUCGGCACUCCUAGGUAAAGUUUAAGCAGUGAGUCAGGUUGGUGCUUCUCUGAACACUAUGGAAGAUUGCAGCCUUGUAGCCCUACCAGGCUGACCUGCUGAGGGAGCUGUACAUCAGCGAGGAACUAAACC